ACGUAGAUAAGGUUGUUUGAAAAUAACUUUAUUUAUGUAAUUUAUGUUAGUGCAAGACUGAUUCUGUCUGGAGACAGUCGUAAAUAUGCUAAAAUCUGUGAUAGUGCUCGUCAGAACACUCGGGACGAGUAAACCAAAUCUAAUUUUAUCUCAAACUCGCUUUGCAUCUCAAGCUCUGCCACAGUUAUCAGCGACAAAAUACAAUGUUCGGAGGAAAGAUUUUGGAGUGGUGCAAUCAGAAGAUGUUAAUUAUUUUAAAUCUAUCUUGAGUGAAGAACAAGUGCUGACAGAAGAGAGUGAUGUUCUGCCGUUCAAUAUAGACUGGAUUAAGAACUGCAGAGGUCAAACCAAGGUGGUUUUAAAGCCUAAGUCAACACAGCAGGUAUCACAGAUAUUGGCUUACUGCAAUGAGCGGAGACUGGCGGUGUGCCCACAGGGCGGCAAUACUGGGCUUGUCGGAGGCUCGGUACCGGUGUUCGACGAGAUAGUUCUUAGUCUCGGGUCGAUGAACAAAAUUAUAAGCUUGGAUGAGACAUCUGGUGCCCUUGUGUGCGAGGCAGGAUGCAUACUGGAAACCUUAGACAACUAUGUCCGAGACCGCAACCUCAUCAUGCCACUAGACCUUGGAGCGAAGGGCUCCUGUCAUAUUGGGGGUAACGUGAGCACGAACGCUGGAGGCCUAAGGUUGCUACGCUAUGGUAACCUGCAUGGCUCGGUCAUGGGACUCGAAGCGGUAAAAGCCGACGGUACCAUAGUGGACUGCCUCCGAACUCUCAAGAAGGACAACACUGGUUACCACUUAAAGCAUCUCUUCAUAGGUUCAGAGGGGACUCUAGGAUUGGUCACUAAAGUCGCCGUGCACUGUCCUGUACUGCCUAAAGCACAGACUCUUGGCUUCUUUGGUGUGAAGGACUUCGACAGCGUGUUGCGCCUGUACCGCAGCGCAAAGGCGUCUCUCGGGGAGAUCCUAUCGGCCUUCGAAAUGGCCGACAACUAUUCCAUCCAGAGUACCAGCAAGAACCUCAAUUUGCCGAACCCGAUAGCGGACUUCCCGUUCUACGUGCUUGUUGAAACUCAUGGUAGCGACGAAACUCACGAUAGCGAGAAACUCAACCGAUUCCUUGAGCGAGAAAUGGGCAGUGGGCUCAUCUUAGACGGGACCGUCGCGUCGGAACCGGCUAAAAUGCAGACGAUCUGGAACCUCCGCGAAAGCAUCGCCGGCGCCGGCCUCCUAGAAGGCUAUGUGUACAAAUACGACGUGUCCAUCCCCGUCGGCCACUACUACGAUCUAGUGCCGAAGCUACGCGAGCGAAUGAAGGGCGUCACCACCAAGGUCUACGGAUAUGGCCACAUUGGUGACGGUAACAUACACAUCAACGUGACGGUGCCCAAGUACAGCAAGCAGGCCACGGCCUUGCUGGAGCCCUAUAUCUUCGAGGAGGUCGCGAAACUCAAGGGCUCCAUAAGCGCGGAGCACGGUGUGGGGUUCCGUAAACCCCAGUUCGUGCACUACAGCAAGGACCCGGCCGCCUUGGACCUCAUGCGGGACCUCAAGCGGCUCAUGGACCCCAACGGCAUCCUUAACCCGUACAAGGUCUUACCGGACCCUUAGAUUGUGAAUUAUCGAAUAGUGUUGGUGGCCAAAAGUGUUAACAUC